AUGGUGAAAUCAAAUAAAGUAUUAAAAUCGAAAGUGAAGAAGGAUGGUGAAUUCAUCCCGCCGGAUGGUGGUUGGGGUUGGAUGAUUGUGUUCGCAGCUGGCUUCUCCAAUCUAUCAGCCCUGCCGAUGCUCCAACAGUUCGGGCUCCUGUUCCGGGACAAGUUUGCUCGCCUCGGCAUCGGCAGCUCGGAGACAACGACAAUAAUCAACAUGAACUCGGCGCUGACCUCUUGCGUCGGAUUAGCCAACGGACCUGUCUUCAAAACAUUCAGUUACCGUCAAGUAUCUUUAACGGGUGCAAUCGUGGUCUUUAUAGCAUUGAUCCUGACAACCUUUUCCUACAAUUUUAUGACUUACUUGAUAUCAUUUUCAAUUCUGUAUGGUGCUGGAUACGGUAUUAGUAGUUCUGCAAAUGCUCUCGCUUUAAAUACUUAUUGGAAAAAAAGAAGGAGACUAGCGACUGGUCUAUCAUGGACUACAACCGGGAUGGGACCAAUGUUAUGGCCGCACAUAAUAACUGGACUGUUUGCCGUUUUUGGAGAAACUGGCACGAUUCUCAUUAUUAGUGGACUUUCACUUCACGCAAUAGCUUGCGCACUUUUAUUGCAGCCAGUGGAGUGGCAUUCUAAGUCACCUAAUGUCAAAGAACAAGAUGAGGAGAAAUUAUUGACUUCAGAACGACUUAACGCGCAUACCGAUAAGAAGAAUAAGGAAAACGGUUACUUCAGUCAAAUGUCGAAGAUUAAAAAUAUAAGCGUAUUUUCAAGUCAAUACCUCUAUAACGAAGAUGAUCCCGUUACACCCGGUUACGAAAUAACAGAUCCCGGUAUACCUAUGAUGGUAAGAGCCAAUGAUGGAUAUUUCAGUCAGUCAAGACAAUCAAAGAGUCAUAUUUCUUCGAGGGAUGGGUCUACUCGUAAUUCUCGUCUCAAUUCUAAGAAACCUUCCAUGUCCAAUUUAUUAGAAAAUCGAUCACGGAAAUCAUCAACUUUAUAUCUUAACGAGUCUAAGAAAAACUCAUCCGCAAAUUUAGGUGCAUUAGCUCAAGAGCGAGAGACAUUUAAGCCAAAACGAAAGACGUCUAUCAAUUUGAAUACUCAGAUCCCAGAGUCGGAAAUUGAAGAUUGCCCUACGCUUAAAGCUCCUCAAGAUUUGAAAGCUGAUGAAAAGGUGGCCAUAGAGAACAUAGACCCGGAGAAAGCUAAAUAUAUAGCCGAUAAAGCUGAAAAACAUUUUUCAGGUAGUAAAAGUAUUAAAUCAUUUAAAAUGGAUGGCCAAUAUGGAGAAAAUUACAAUAAAGACAAUGAUAGUAACAUUUCGUUAAAGAAUCAAGAAGACCAUGAAGAAAAAAAUUAUUUAAAAGAUAAUCACAGUAACCAAUCUUAUCGUACGAGGUAUAGGAGAAAGUCUAAUAAUUUUAAUUACGAGAGUGAAGUCCUUAAACAAGCUUCCUUAAAAUUAGAACAAUAUAUAAAAGAAAAUGAAGAUAAAACCUAUACUGAUAAAUUUAAAUUAAUAAUAAACAAUCCGGUAGAAGACAAUGUAUUUGAUGAAAAUAAAGAAGAAAAUAUAGGAAUUGAAGAGGAAAAAUUAUCUUUUUGGGAGAAAGUAGUGUUAUUCUUUGACUUAGACCUCUUAAAGGAUUUUACUUUUAUUAAUUUGAUGUUGGGAAUAACGUUAGCCAAUUUUAAUGAGUUAAACUUUUCUAUACUUACUCCUUUCAUUUUGGGAGACUAUGGUAUGACGAAACCUCAAGUGGCAUUUUUUAUGUCACUAUUGGCUGGAGUAGACCUCUGUGUUAGAUUUUGCAUUCCAUUUGUAGCUGGAAAAGUUGGUUGGGAGAACAAUUCCUUUUUUCUUUUUGGAGUUAUGUCUAUGGCGAUGGGGAGAGUAGUUUUAGCGUAUUGUCAACACUACACAGUAGUACUUUUAGUAGCAGUAGUAAUAGGAUUUGGAAAAGGUCUUCGAACCGUAUUUAUGGCUCUAGUUAUUCCAACUCAUGUGCCAUUACACAAAUUGCCUGGUGCUACUGGAAUCCAACUUCUUACAGCUGGAAUAGUCUACCUUUCACUAGGGCCCGUAGUAGGAUGGAUCAAAGAUAACACAACUACAUCUGUGACUUUGCAUUGUUUGAACAUUUUCACGUGGCUGACGGCACUCUCAUGGGGCUUAGAAAAGUAUAUCACUGCAAAACGACAGAACAAAACGAAUAAUGAUAUUGCUAAGGCGUAG